AUGUUAGUCAUGGCACGUCCUCCAACUCAUUUCUUCAAGUUCGUCCCUCCAGGCUUCUUAUUAAAUCUUUCGAUUCCAACCUCUUUCUUGACGAACUUGAAUGGCAAGAGAUGCUCGGAAGCGAUACUGAGACGUGGGCGUCGCGAAUGGUCGGUAGACAUUGACGACGGAGUUUUUGGUGACGGUUGGGUGAGGUUUGUGAGAGAGAAUGGAGUCCAAGAGUUUGACUUUAUUGUUUUCAAAAAUCAAGGGUGCAUGGUGUUUGAUGUUAUGGUGUUUGAACAAUCUACAUGCGAAAAACAUUACCCAAAUCUAUUUGACGAGAUGGAAGGAGAAGAACCUCUGACAGAAUCUGAAACGAUCCGUACACAUAGACCGAAGAAGGUAAAAAAGCCAAAGAGGAACGAUUAUGCAUAUGAAGACGAAGAAAUACCUCAAGUUGGUAGUGGCUGUUUCAUUGGCAAAAUGACACCUUAUGUUAUCAAUAAGUCAAGAUUGCAUGUUCCAGUUAAAUUUGCAAGAUCAAAUGGAUUGAUUACCCAGAGGAUACACAGACAAGUGUAUCUAACGGAUGAUACACGAAGAACAUGGCCAGCAACACUCACGAAAACGAAAACAGAGCUUUGUUUAACUGGUUGGCACGAGUUCAUAGUAAAACAUCACAUGAAAGUCGGAGACGUGUGUAGGUUUGUGCUUGUUAAAAACGGAGAAUUGCCUGUUUUCAAGUGCUAUAAUAUAGGAAAGAAUUUAGUGAAAAAUCAUAUUCAAGUAAAGGAGACUAGUUCGACUCUUAACAAUCACCCAUACUUCAUUUCAAAUCUGAAGCCUACUAGCUUCAAAAGAUCAUUUCUGUAUCUUCCUGUUGACUUUUGGAUACCAAAUCGUUUAAAAGCAGGGGAAAUGAUUCUUAGAGACAAUAAAGGUCGAUCAUGGAAAGUUGAACUGAAGAAAGCUAACGAGAGACUUUUAUAUAUUGGACUCGGAUUCACAGCUUUUCUAGUUGCCAAUGGAAUGAAGGAAGGUGAUGCAUUCAAGUUUGAGCUUGUCGAGAAAGAGGAGGACAAGCCUCCCAUAGUCAACUUUAUGUUUCUAAAAAGCAACCCGAUUAAAUUCCACAAACAAGCAAAAUUUACACAAAAGGAAGGUUCCAUUCUUUGUGAAGAUGGCCGACCAUACUUCGUUGGUGAACUGAAAUCCUACAGCAUAAGACAAUCGAUUCUGUAUCUGCCAAGCAGGUUUGCAAAGUCGAAUGGAUUAAUCAAUCACAAAAGGAUGACUCUCAAAAAUGCUGAAGAUGAAAGGUCAUGGAUUGUGGAUUUAAAGAACCAAAAGAACUCUAAUUUCUAUUAUAUAGGAGGAGCAGGUUGGAAAGAUUUUAGGGUUGCGUAUGGACUGAAGAAAGGAGAUCAUUACAAAUUCGAGGUGGUCUACAAGGGGGAAAAGCCCAUCGGAAACUUUUACAUUAAAAAAAAUCCGUUGAAGCUACUAGACUUCCCUGAUGGGUAUAAGUUGGUCAAGCUUUAA